UGUUGUUGUGCGUGUGUGAUUAGAAAAAAAAAUGAUAUAUAUAUAUAUAUUAAAUAGUGAGAUAAAUAAAUAGUGAAGCAUUAGAUUAGUUAGUUAGUUUAAAAUUUAAAAUUUAAAUUUAAAUCAGCAUAAUUUUAUCUGAUUAGUUAGAUAUUUAUUUUUAAAUUUAAACCUAUUAUACGAUAUGUUAUAUACGUAUAUACUCUAUAACCCUAGCAGCCAGAUAGUAUCGUAUUCCCUUAUUCUCACCAUCUCUCAAUUUCUUUUUUUAUUCUCUCUAUUGAACCAAAUCAAUUGUUUUAAUCUUAAGAGCUUCGGGGUUAGCAAUCAACCGAUCAUCGUUCCGUGUCUUCGAAAUCUUCAGGGCCUAGAAGGUAUCGUAAGAGUUAAUUACAGCGGAGUUGAGAACAAGUUAAGGGAUUUGAUGGAAAACGGUGAACCCAGAAGAUCAACCCGCUUGAAUGAAAGAGCGGCUGUAAGAGACCGAGCUAGAGGUCGAGGGCGAGGAUGUGCUCGCGGUCGAGGCAGGGGAAACCAGCAUGUCCCUGCCGAGGCGGUGAUCCAGGAGAAUCAAAAUGCCCCUGUAAAUGGACAGCAACCAGGUCAAGGUGGGGGUAACCACGAAGUCCCUGCUGGGGUAGUUGGUCAAGAACACCAAAAUGCCCCUGUAGUGGUGCCACCACAACAAGAAGAUUUGGCGCAAGAAGUUGCUCGUCUCAAGGAAGAAAUUAGGAAGCGAGAUGAAGAGGCUCUCAACCGUCAGGAACAACCCAAUCAAGGACAACAUCAAUUUUUGCCGGUGCAAUACAUGCCUGUGCCGGAGGGUCGAUGGGAACCAAUAUAUGAAAGGUUCCGCAAGCAACACCCACCAAAUUUUGAAGGGGGCUCAGAUCCAAUGGAAGCUGAGGAAUGGUUAAGAACAGUGGAAGGUAUUGUUGAGUACAUGCGGCUCGGUAACGGAGAUAGUGUAGCUUGUGCUGCUAGUUUAUUGAAAAAGGAUGCCCGCAUCUGGUGGGAUGUUAUUAAACAAACACGGGAUGUGGCCGCAAUGACCUGGGCUGACUUUGUACAAGUUUUUAACAAAAAAUACUACAGUGAAGCAAUACGCUCAGCUAGAGUUAAUGAGUUCACAAACUUGAGGCAGGGUAAGUCUACAGUUACAGAGUAUGCUCGCCAAUUUGACAGAUUAGCAAAGUUUGCCACAGAUCUGGUUCCUACUGAGUUUCUGAGGAUUCAUCGUUUUACUGAAGGGCUCGACUCCCGAAUAAGUCGGGACAUAGCGAUGUCAGGAGUAAGGGCAACCACGUAUGCUGAGGUACUAGAAAAAGCCCUAGAAGCUGAGUUGUGUGAAAGUCGUAUACAGAAAGACAAUACAGCAAGGUGGGAGGCCAGAAAGGCCAGUAAUGGAGGUGGUGAUAACAAAAGAAAACUGCCAACUAACCAACACAACGAAGCCGACAAGAGAAACAAGAUAGGGUCCAAUAACUACAAAGGGAAGAAGCCAUAUGUGGAGUACCCGCUAUGCCCAACAUGUGGUCGUAAGCAUCCGGGAGAAUGUCGACUGAAAGGCAAGACUUGUUACAAGUGUGGGCAACCAGGCCACUAUAAGAAGGACUGUCCACAAAAAGGUGAUCAACUCAAGGAUGACAAACUUGUCCCAGCUCGAGUAUUUGCACUAACCAGAGGGGAGGCUGAGACUAGUAACACUGUGGUUGCAGGUCAGAUUUCUAUCUCUGAAAAACUAUGUACUGUUUUAUUUGAUUCUGGAGCUACGCACUCAUUUAUUGCUUUAAAGAUGAUAGAUAAGUUAGAACUACCGUAUGUAAACUUUAGUUAUAAGUUCAUGACGGAGUUGCCCUCGGGCGAGGUUAUGAUAUCAUCUAGAGGAGUGCGGGAUGCGCCAAUAAGGAUUGCAGACAAGGAACUUAGUGGAGAUCUGAUAGAGCUGGAGAUGAGGGAUUACGAUCUUAUCUUGGGUAUGGAUUGGCUAUCACGACAUGGAGCAACAAUAGACUGCCGAAAGAGGACAGUGACUUUCACCCCUGAAUCUGGAGAGGCAUUCAUAUUUGAAGGAAUCAAAGUCAAGUCAAGCUUACCGCUAGUUACAGCCCUAAAGGCACAAAAGAUGAUACGUGCGGGAUGUCAAGCAUACUUGGCCAGCAUAGUAGACAAGUCCAGAGAAACCACCCUCAAGCCAGAGAAUGUCCACAUAGUAUGUGAAUUCCAAGAAGUUUUUCCGGAAGACCUACCAGGGCUACCCCCAGAUAGAGAGAUAGAAUUUGUGAUUGAGUUAGCGCUAGGCACAACACCAAUCUCGAGGGCUCCAUACCGCAUGGCUCCCAAUGAAUUGAAGGAAUUGAAGGCUCAACUACAAGAUCUUUUAGACAAGGGAUUCAUUAGACCAAGUUACUCACCUUGGGGUGCGCCAGUGUUGUUCGUCAAGAAGAAGGACGGUAGUAUGCGGAUGUGUAUAGACUAUCGAGAGCUGAACAAAGUGACUAUAAAGAACAAGUAUCCCUUGCCUCGCAUCGAUGAUUUGUUUGAUCAGUUACAAGGGGCGAUCGUCUUUUCAAAGAUCGACUUGAGAUCUGGGUACCACCAAUUGAAAGUCCGAGAGGAAGAUAUAGCAAAGACGGCAUUUCGAACACGGUAUGGGCAUUAUGAAUUUCUAGUGAUGUCAUUUGGGUUAACCAAUGCCCCAGCAGCCUUCAUGGAUUUAAUGAAUAGAGUAUUCAAGGAAUAUCUUGACAAGUUUGUGGUGGUAUUCAUUGAUGACAUACUCAUUUAUUCAAGGACAAUGGAAGAGCAUGAGGAGCACUUAAGGCUAACUCUAAGUAGACUCAAAGAGCACCAAUUGUACGCCAAAUUCAAAAAGUGUGAGUUCUGGUUGGAGAAAGUGGCGUUUCUAGGCCAUAUAGUGUCCAAAGAUGGGGUAGAGGUGGACCCUGCGAAAAUUGAAGCAGUGAAGAGCUGGCCAAAACCAAAAACCGCAAGUGAGGUUCGGAGUUUUCUCGGACUAGCUGGAUAUUAUAGGAGAUUCGUUGAAGGGUUCUCAAAAAUAGCCACACCAUUGACGAAUUUGACUCGAAAGCAACAAAAAUUUGCAUGGACAGAUAAAUGUGAGGAAAGCUUUCAGACAUUGAAAGAUAAACUCAUAACAGCACCCGUCCUGUGUGUUCCAACUAACAAAGACAAAUUUGUAGUAUAUUGCGACGCAUCAAAGCAAGGGCUCUACCGUGUGUUGAUGCAGAAUGAGAAGGUGGUAGCCUAUGCCUCUAGGCAGCUAAAGGAGUAUGAGACAAGGUACCCAACUCAUGACUUAGAGUUGGCAAAGCGGGGUCUUUGCAUUGAAAAUGCGGAGGCACUACCUCUAUGGAGAGAAGUGUGA